UGAGAACGAACGAUUUGGUGGCUUGUGGUCGUACUGUUCGAUUUAUUUCACUCUCCUUUCGGCGUCAGCAGUGGUCCAGAUCGACCCUGCUACAUAGAAUAAUCUUGAAUUACGUUUAACAUCCUGGAAUAAAUCACAUCCCCUAUAAUGUCUAAUAGUUGGAACAAUAGCCGUGGUGGAAGCGGCGGUUCCAAAUUCAGCGGAGAAAAGAAAUUUGGAAGCAGCAAUGGCUCCCGAUUUGGUAAUGGCGGAUCGAAGUUCGGUAGUAAUGGAGGAAGUGGUGGCAGGUUCGGUGGUUCUGGUGGCGGGUUUGGAGGCGGCGGCGGUAAAAAAGAUUUCACUGGCGGUCAAAACAUGCGCCGUCCAAAUUGGGAUUCCAUGUCUCUUCAACCAUUCAAUAAGGAUUUCUACAACCCACACCCAACAGUUCUAAGUCGAUCACCUUAUGAAGUUGAAGAGUACAGAAGCAAACAUGAGAUCACUGUUAGUGGUGUUGAAGUCCCUAAUCCCAUUCAGAAUUUUGAAGAAGCAAACUUCCCUGAUUACGUCAAUCAAAGCAUUAGCAACAUGGGUUACAAAGAUCCUACACCUAUUCAAGCUCAAGGGUGGCCUAUUGCCAUGUCUGGCAAGAAUUUGGUUGGUAUUGCGCAGACUGGGUCUGGCAAAACUCUUGCUUACAUUUUACCUGCUAUUGUGCAUAUCAAUAACCAGCCCCCUAUUCGACGCGGAGAUGGCCCCAUUGCGUUGGUUCUGGCACCAACUAGGGAAUUGGCACAGCAGAUCCAACAAGUUGCUUCUGACUUUGGAAAUUCUGCCUAUGUACGCAACACUUGUGUAUUUGGUGGUGCACCAAAGAGAGAACAAGGUCGUGACCUAGAACGUGGAGUUGAAAUUGUAAUUGCCACACCUGGCAGAUUAAUUGAUUUCUUAGAAAAGGGUACCACUAAUCUACAAAGGUGCACAUAUUUGGUCUUAGAUGAGGCUGACCGUAUGUUAGACAUGGGUUUUGAACCCCAAAUUAGAAAAAUCAUAGAGCAGAUUCGCCCUGAUAGACAAACUUUGAUGUGGUCUGCAACAUGGCCGAAAGAAGUAAGGAAAUUGGCUGAGGAUUACCUCGGAGAUUAUCUUCAAAUUAACAUAGGAUCCCUUCAGUUAUCAGCCAAUCACAACAUCUUGCAGAUUGUAGAUGUCUGCCAAGAGCAUGAGAAAGAAAAUAAAUUAAAUGUUUUAUUACAAGAAAUUGGACAGAGUCAAGAGCCUGGUGCCAAAACAAUUAUUUUUGUAGAAACUAAGAGGAAAGUAGAAAAUAUCACUAGGAAUAUCAGACGAUAUGGAUGGCCUGCAGUAUGCAUGCAUGGAGACAAGACCCAGCAAGAGAGAGAUGAAACAUUAUACCAAUUUAAGCAAGGCCGUGCCAGUAUACUUGUAGCAACAGAUGUUGCAGCCAGAGGACUUGAUGUUGAUGGAAUAAAAUAUGUUAUUAACUUUGAUUAUCCAAACUCGUCAGAGGAUUAUAUUCACCGAAUUGGUAGAACAGGGCGUUCAAAAUCAAAAGGCACUUCAUAUGCCUUUUUCACUCCAUCUAACUCUCGUCAAGCCAAGGACCUUGUGUCUGUACUACAAGAAGCCAAUCAGGUGGUAAAUCCUCAACUCCAAACUAUGGCUGAUCGCUGUGGUGGAGGUGGCGGCUGGAACAGGAACAGAUACGGAGGUGGUCGCGGCGGUGGCGGCUCAUUCAAACGUGGAAGUAAUUUCGGAAGGGGCAAUGGAGGAAGCAAUGGUGGCCACAAGAGAUUUAACAAUGACUAUUAAUUAAAAGUACAAAGUGUUAGUACCUAGCAAAUCCUUAAAUGAGUACUUGUGUGAAAUGUUGUAGUAUUAAGGAGUGUAGAAAUGCUGUUUGGUUGAUAUUGCAGUUUGUGAUUACAUGACAGGCAGGCUAGAUU